GCUCGGUGCCGCCCGCUCCCUCUUGCCGCCGCCGCUGGGCCCGCCCGCCGGGGAGGGGCUCCCGUCCACGCAGACAGCAGCUUCCUGCUUUCUGCACGUCGUCGCCGCCGCGCCGCCAGUCCGUUUGUGCUACCUCUGGCUGUGAGCCGGCCGCCGGCUGCCGCCGUCCGCCCUGCAACUGCCUGCGCCCCAGCCGCGCCUCGCGGCCAGCCCGGCUCGCUCAGGUCCGCUCCCGGAGCCCGCGCCCCUCCACGCUGCCCCCUGCCUGUCCCCGGUCAUGCUGUCCCUUCAGUACCCCGACGUGUACCGCGACGAGACCGCCGUACAGGAUUAUCAUGGCCAUAAAAUUUGUGACCCUUACGCCUGGCUUGAAGACCCCGACAGUGAACAGACAAAGGCCUUUGUGGAGGCCCAGAAUAAGAUUACUGUGCCAUUUCUUGAGCAGUGUCCCAUCAGAGGUUUAUACAAAGAGAGAAUGACUGAACUAUAUGAUUAUCCCAAGUAUAGUUGCCACUUCAAGAAAGGAAAACGGUAUUUUUAUUUUUACAAUACAGGUUUGCAGAACCAGCGAGUAUUAUAUGUACAGGAUUCCUUAGAGGGUGAGGCCAGAGUGUUCCUGGACCCCAAUAUACUGUCUGACGAUGGCACAGUGGCACUCCGAGGUUACGCGUUCAGCGAAGAUGGUGAAUAUUUUGCCUAUGGUCUGAGUGCCAGUGGCUCAGACUGGGUGACAAUCAAGUUCAUGAAAGUUGAUGGUGCCAAAGAGCUUCCAGAUGUGCUUGAAAGAGUCAAGUUCAGCUGUAUGGCCUGGACCCAUGAUGGGAAGGGAAUGUUCUACAACUCAUACCCUCAACAGGAUGGAAAAAGUGAUGGCACAGAGACAUCCACCAAUCUCCACCAAAAGCUCUACUACCAUGUCUUAGGAACCGAUCAGUCAGAAGAUAUUUUGUGUGCCGAGUUUCCUGAUGAACCUAAAUGGAUGGGUGGAGCUGAGUUAUCUGAUGAUGGCCGCUAUGUCUUGUUAUCAAUAAGGGAAGGAUGUGAUCCAGUAAACCGACUCUGGUACUGUGACCUGCAGCAGGAAUCCAGUGGCAUCGCGGGAAUCCUAAAGUGGGUAAAACUGAUCGACAACUUUGAAGGAGAAUAUGACUACGUGACCAAUGAGGGGACGGUGUUCACAUUCAAGACGAAUCGCCAGUCUCCCAACUAUCGCGUGAUCAACAUUGACUUCAGGGAUCCUGAAGAGUCUAAGUGGAAAGUACUUGUUCCUGAGCAUGAGAAAGAUGUCUUAGAAUGGAUAGCUUGUGUCAGGUCCAACUUCUUGGUCUUAUGCUACCUCCAUGACGUCAAGAACAUCCUGCAGCUCCACGACCUGACUACUGGUGCUCUCCUUAAGACCUUCCCACUUGAGGUCGGCAGCAUCGUAGGGUACAGCGGUCAGAAGAAGGACACUGAAAUCUUCUAUCAGUUUACUUCCUUUUUAUCUCCAGGUAUCAUUUAUCACUGUGAUCUUACCAAAGAGGAACUGGAGCCAAGAGUUUUCCGAGAGGUGACUGUAAAAGGAAUCGACGCUUCUGAUUACCAGACAGUCCAGAUUUUCUACCCUAGCAAGGAUGGUACAAAGAUUCCAAUGUUCAUUGUGCAUAAAAAAGGCAUAAAAUUGGAUGGCUCUCAUCCCGCUUUCUUAUAUGGCUAUGGCGGCUUCAACAUAUCCAUCACACCCAACUACAGUGUUUCCAGGCUUAUUUUUGUGAGACACAUGGGUGGUAUCCUGGCAGUGGCCAACAUCAGAGGAGGUGGCGAAUAUGGAGAGACGUGGCAUAAAGGUGGUAUCUUGGCCAACAAACAAAACUGCUUUGAUGACUUUCAGUGUGCUGCUGAGUAUCUGAUCAAGGAAGGUUACACAUCUCCCAAGAGGCUGACUAUUAAUGGAGGUUCAAAUGGAGGCCUCUUAGUGGCUGCUUGUGCAAAUCAGAGACCUGACCUCUUUGGUUGUGUUAUUGCCCAAGUUGGAGUAAUGGAUAUGCUGAAGUUUCAUAAAUAUACCAUCGGCCAUGCUUGGACCACUGAUUACGGGUGCUCGGACAGCAAACAACACUUUGAAUGGCUUGUCAAAUACUCUCCAUUGCAUAACGUGAAGUUACCAGAAGCAGAUGACAUCCAGUACCCGUCCAUGCUGCUCCUCACUGCUGACCAUGAUGACCGCGUGGUCCCGCUUCACUCCCUGAAGUUCAUUGCCACCCUUCAGUACAUCGUGGGCCGCAGCAGGAAGCAAAGCAACCCCCUGCUUAUCCAUGUAGACACCAAGGCGGGCCACGGGGCGGGGAAGCCCACAGCCAAAGUGAUAGAGGAAGUCUCAGACAUGUUUGCGUUCAUAGCGCGGUGCCUGAACAUCGACUGGAUUCCAUAAAGUUUCCUGCUUCCUCCUGACAGCGACAGAAAACCUCAAGGGCUUUCCCACGUUCAAACCGAGAAACCACUGGGCAUAAUGCUUCCCCACGGGAACAUUAUUCCUGCACUCACAGACUACAGUUGAACAGAACUGCCGUGGGAAUUUUAUCUUUUUUAGGCUUCUCAUUUUUAGCAAGCCCUUGGCGUUUCUUUUUCCACCCUGUCUAGGCACAUGUGGUUUUUUUGUUUUUUUUUUUUUCUAAAAGGCAUGUUUGUUUGGAUAAAUAGCUAAAUGGCAACAAACACAUUGUGAAUAUUAGAUUGCUGAAUUAAGGAUCAUAGUCGGGCAUACUUAUCUAUAAUCCAUAACUUCUAUAUCUUUAAAUAAAUGUGAGAACUGUUCUCAUGGAGAAGACUUCUUUGCAACAAUAAUAAAUGUUAUUUAAGAAUGACAGGCUUUACUUCCGGUUUUUUCAUAUUGAGGGGCAACUCCAGAAGUGGAGUUUUCUGUGAGAAUAAAGCAUUUCACCUUUCUGCAACAAGUUAGUUUCCAAGCAGUUAAGUCAUAGAAUGAUUGAUUGUUUGUUUGUUAGCUUUAAAAAUAAGUUGUUCAUCCA